ACAGAUGGCUUGCUAGCAAAUCAAUGAUUGUGAAAUACUUGCAGUUAGAUUUAGAUCGUUUGGGAGGGGGACACCGUGGAAAGUUACUGCUACGGUAACUUUCCAGUGAUUGACUUGACCUGACCACCUAGGCCUAUCUGAUGACAUGCCAUUUUAAGAUUAGCUACGUAUCAACCGUUCCCAUUGAAUAUGGGGUUUUGUACAGAGUAGCGAAUGAUUGUUUUUGGGGAGGUCCUGCAGUACUUUAGACUGAUAGCUUGAAGGUAUCAAUAGCUAGCUCCUACUACAGAGACAUUACCAUUGCUGGAUGUUUUUUCUUCUCCGGCCAUUAAUUCCAUUGCACGGCGUGGAGUACACUGGGAAUCUUUCUGGGUGCUCAUUUGUCAAUGUCUCGAAGAAGAGGCACGGCUCGCCAUUGCUGUCUUACCAACCAUGUUCGGCAGCAUCUGGGGAUACUUCUACACGUCCUUCCUUAGAUACUGGCUGAAGUGGUUCAUCAGACAGGUGACAGGGAAAUGCGAGCUGCAAAGGAUUUGUGCCGGCUACAAGCCUGGGGCGCCCAGGACAACGAAAGCAGAAUACUCACUCAAGAACUCCAAAUCUAAGCUAUUAAGAGCUGCUGUGGAUGUGGAGGAGGAUGGUUUGGAGAAGCAUCUGGAUCUUAUCAUGAGGGAAAAGAAUGUCAAAACGCAGAGGGAUCCCACGUUUAAGGUGAAUCUGAAGCUGUGUCUCUUACAAAUAACGGGAUACAGGAACUUAUUCACCUCCGUGGAAGAGUUGAGGAAAGAGAAUUUUGACUCGGAUAAAGUCCAACACGAGGAAAUGCUUUUGAAGUUAUGGGACCUGUUGAUGCCUGAGGUCAAACUGGAGUCCAGAGUUACCAAACAGUGGGGCGACAUUGGUUUCCAAGGCGAUGACCCCAAGACUGACUUCCGAGGAAUGGGCAUGUUGGGCCUAACCAACCUUGUGUUCUUUAGUGAGAACUACACUGAAGAGGCUCGGCAAGUGCUGUCCCACGCAAACCAUCCCAAACUGGGGUACUCCUAUGCCAUAGUGGGUAUCAACCUGACGGAGAUGGCGUACAGUUUACUGAAGAGUGGUGCUCUCAAACCCCACUUCUACAACACGGUGUCUGGGAGACCCCAACUGCAGCACCUCCAUCAGCUGUUCUGUUACCUGGUGUACAAGUUUGAUAAGUUCUGGGUGGAGGAGGAGCCCGAGAGCAUCAUGGAGUUCAACCACUACAGGGAAAAGUUCCACGACAAUAUCAAGAUUCAACUGCUGGACCCUGCCGUCGCCCUCACCAUGACGGAUAGUCCAAGAAGUAACUGACCGACCAACCGACUGAACGGGUCUCGCUUGGACCUAAUUGGGACCACCAGAACCUCUACACUACAGCGUACUUCCAAACUAAUAAGGGACAUUUUGAGCUAGCUUUCCCUUCGAUCUUAGUUUAGACCCAAUCUACACACUUUUUUAAAAUUUGUAUAAAUUAGUGACUAGUUUUUAGAAAUAAGUAAGACCAGGUGACUGGAAUUCAACCCUCUGCCUCAAAUAAUGACCAUUCCAAUGCUUCAAAUAUUACAAAAGGGGAAAUAAAAUAGUAGGGCACUAGUUCUAUGUAGUUAAUUGGCUGUGUACUUUUCAGUGGACAUGGAAAGGAAUUACACAAUAGUUUUAGAGGAAAUGGAGAUUGGUAAUAAUAUUAACUAGCUGGUAACUAGGUUUGAAUUUAUUUAACAAAGUCAACAAGUGCCGUCUCGCAUGUAUUCAUAAUAAUUUUGCCUACUCAUUCUCGUAUUUGUCCUUCUUGCUCAGGAAUCAAAUAUGUGUCCAGAGAGGGAAUUUAUAUCGUAGUAGACUUAAAACUAAGGAAUCAUUUGUUUACCUAAUGCUCAAUGGUUGUACUACUUACUCAGACACUGAGAGCUCUGUGCAUGUUUUAAUGCGUUUGAAUUGAUACCGUCAUUGUUGUCAAUACAUUUCAAUAGGUGGUGCUGAGAUUACUGGUUAUUACGCCGCUGCCUAUUCCACACAUUCGUACAAUAUUGUCUUUGCUGAAAGCUGACUUUGUAUGGUAUUUUGUCUGUUAUUUAUAGGCCGUGGGCCCUGAUUUUUUUUUGAAGAUGAUUUGACAUUUUGUAGACCCAGUAUGGAACUUUGUAACGACUGACACAUGCCCAGUGUUAAUAAAUUAAACUUAUGAUGUGA